AUGUUAGAAAUACAAAUAAUCAAGAUUGAAGACCCAGGAUGUCUGUGGGGUCGAGUUCUGAAAGGACCUAGUAUUCAACCGGACAACCCAGAGGAAUAUGAAAACCUGACGGUUAAAAUGAACCUUUUCUACCAUGAGGUUGACCUGGACGUUCAAAAAAUAAAACCAACUGAAUUGAAGGAGGGGCUGGUGUGUGUGGUGUUCAGUCCGGAUCUGAAAAGUUGGUGUCGGGCUGUGGUGGAGUCUGUCUUUCAGGGGACAGCCGGCGGUCAGGCCUUGUGCCUCUUAGUCGACCAUGGAGAUCGCAUCAUCACCAGGGCAGAGGAUGUAAGGACUCCUCUUGAGAAGUUCCUGCAGCUUCCCUUCAGAGUGAGACGCUUUAAACUGUCUGGAAUACGUCCAGUGACACUACAGUUAUCCAUCUCCAAUGAGAUGGCUAAGCUUGUUCCAUCUUCAACAUGGGACAGCUCUGCCACAAAAUACCUGCACAACCUUUUACAAGUGUCCACGCUUGUUGAAGCUGUUCUAUGUGAAACGCAUGCAGGCUGUUCUUCCAUUGAACUUUACUUGACCAUUAAAAACACAAAGAUCUGUGUGAACCACGAGCUGGUGGUCAAGAAGUUCGCCUGUUUCAUGAGUGAGAAGUCCAGUGCUGGAGAAGGGAGCAUGAGUGGAGAUCACUUUCCUGUCAGUCUGGCAUGGGACAUCUAUUCCAGCCCUUAUCAGCUCUUAGAGAUGAAUGGCUGCUGUCCAGUCAAAGCUCCUCCUCCAGAUAUCCUCAUCAGGAAAGAGUGGAAAGAUGAGCCACAGACUCGAGACGAUCUUAAAGACAGUCUUAAAGAAAUGGUGCAGCAGAAACCACAAGUGUCAGCGGAAACACACAAGCCAUCUCAAGUUAAAUCUCAAGUCCCUAAACUGACAUGCAAUUCUGGAACAUAUACUAUUGGUAGAGGAUGGCGUAUAAGAGCAGAGGCCACUGACAUCUUUACAGAUGAAUCAUUCUCUCAGACUGACGCCAACAAUUCUCAGUAUAUGAAGUUUCUUAAUACCGUUUCACAUUCAAAACGGAUUCCAAAAUCUGAUAAAGAGAGGCAGACCAGUACUGAUCAAACAGAGAGUAAAAACAGCAUCACUUCAACACCAGACUCGGAGAAGAAUCAGGAAGCAGCAGCUCUCUCAGAAGAGCCCAGUCUUGAAGAUCAGAUCGCCUGUUCAAGACUGCUGCAGUUCCUGAACCCUGAGCCACUGAACCCAAACCAAGAUCAUGUUGAUACCAAAGUUGUGCGCUGUGAUCAGGGUCACUCUGGGGUUUUAGUGCACACUCCCCUUCCUGUUAACCCCUGCAGUCGCCUGGCACGUGCACCCAUCUCCAAACUCUUCAAGAAGUUCCUGAUGUGGAAGAAGUACAGUGGACCGAAUGUAGCUGAGAGUUACUGCUGGCCCGCUGUGGCACGGGGUUGUGACACGGUGCUAGUGUCACAAAGUGCAGACAAUCCUCUGUCCUACAUCCCUCCACUGCUGAUGCUGUUACAGAUGGUUUCUGUUUCUCCCAGUCUUGCGGCUUGUACUGGGCCCAUCGCAGUGAUCCUGUGUCCUGGCUGGGAGAAGGUGCAGAUGGUGCUGGAACUCCUGGAGGACAGUAAAGCAACUCGGAACCUCCAUCCCACCAGUGUGCUGCUGGGGCUGGAUCAGGACGAGCCUAAAAAGGCUAAGAUUCAGAGGAACUGUCUGUUGCUGGUGACGACACCGUUCACCAUAAUGAGACUGCUGGAUGCACAAUGCUUCCUCUUCCUGAGACUGUGUCACCUGGUGCUGGAUGAGGCUGAUGUCCUUUACUCACAAGCACCUGAGCAGAUGUACGUAAUCUUGAAACACUUCCAGAAGGUGGUGUCUGGAGAGGAGAGGUCCUCAUGCCCCAGACAGAUCAUCGCGGUGGGCAGCCGCUGGAGUGCGGGGAUGGAAAGUCUGGUCAGAGAGCACAUGAUUUACCCCUGCAUUAUCAUAACAGUGAUGGAGGAGGCUGCUCUGUACGGCAGAGUACAUCAGAGGGUUCAGUUGUGUCUGGACUGUGAUAAGAUCUCAGUGCUACUUGGAUCUCUGGACUUCCACCCGCCCAAACCACAGAAAACCCUCAUCAUUACCAACUCGGCAGAGGAGACAGAGCAUGUCUAUAAGGCUGUGGUCAAUGCUGCUAUUUUCACACUGAAAGCUCAUGAAGGAAUGACAUACCAAUUUGACUUUGUCAUUGAUCAGUGGAGGAAAGACAUUGGGCCUGGAACACAAGUCAUUUUGGUUACCACCAACAACUGUCUUAAGGCACUUGGUAUCAGGGAUGCCACCUGUGUGGUGCAUUAUGGGUUUCCUAGCUCCCCCAAGCUUUUUGGUAGCCGCCUGUUCUGCAUGUCGGAGAACUUCAGAAACGUCUCAGAGCCAAUGCCCGAUCAUGCUGAGGGCUCGUCUCCUGCAGCUCAGUCUGUUUUGCUGUUGUCAGAGCAGAACGCCCGUCAUGUGUGUGGUGUGUUGAAGUAUUUGAGGAGAGCUGGAGCUCUUUUGCCCCCUGAACUCCUGCAGUUUGCUUUGGGGGUCCAACAGGCCAAAGAGGAGCAGAAGACAGACAGACCACUCUGCUGCUCGCUCAAGAGCUUCGGCUUCUGCAGAGAUAGCACAGUCUGUCCAGAUAGACACAUGAUCAACAUAUCUCUGGACCAUCCUCUGCACCCUGAUUCUGGAACUGUUAUGGUUUUGCCACUAAACAUCAAGACUGCGAAUGUUUACUUUGGCCGUAUCGUGAAGCAGAAUGAGGAUUGUUACGAGACUCUUGCUGCUCAAAUGAACAUACACUAUGCUAGUGAGAGACGCUGUGCUGUGGAAGUGCUGGAGGGAGAACUUUACGCCAUUCAAGAGGAGAGCGUCUAUAACAGGGUGCGUGUGACUGAGGUGCCAGAAAAAGGAGAGCAGCUGUUCAGUAGUGUCACUGCCUACUUCAUAGAUGAGGGCCGCACACAGGAAGUGAAGUCACACCAGCUACUGCAGCUUCCUACUCAGUUCCAGGAAUUGCCAGGCCAGGCUGUGGAGAUCAUUCUUUGCAGGGUCCAGCCUAUUGAUGGAGAGGUUGACUGGAAUCCAAAGGUGACCAGAGCCAUUAGUCUGAAGAUCAAAGGGAAGCUGCAUCAGGCCAGAGUGGUGAUGUGUGUUGGCAAUGCUGUCUGGGUUGAUCCCAUGGUGCGUAUGACACGUGUUCCAGGUUUAAAGACCUACAUUAAUGAGUAUAAUGUCCACACUGAGAUCUUGAACUUUGGGUUUGGUGUGAAUAACCCUCAACACUUGGAACUGCUGAAGAGUGUUUUCCAGGGAGAGGAGAACUCCAGCAUACUGGAUCAGCUCCUAACAGGAAACAGCAGUGAGAGCUCUUCAGUGUGCUCGCAGCAAAGAGUUGAGGUGACUGAAGGUGCUCUUACCAGCAGGAUGAGAGACACUGUCAGCAGUCACACUGCAGUUGAGCUCUCUGAGACCUCCAAGAGCGUCAUUGCUGCAGUGUGUAAUGGAGCAGUAAAUAACACUGAUUCAGACUCUUCAGAAGAGAACAUGAAUAGCAUGAGCCCUUCUGAUCUGAAUGGAUUGUCAUCUCCAAACCAGAGCAGACCUACUAGCCCUGAAACAGAUGAGUUUAUAAUCAGAGAUGACGUUCUAAAUGCCAAGAAAUUACAGACACCAAAAAAUUUAAAAAAUUCAGGCAUUUUCUCAUUCCAGCCUACCAGUUUUCAUCCACAGAUCAAAUGGUUCCAGAGAAAUGAGUUUGUCACUGUUUAUGUGAAGCUUAUCAAUCCAGUGAUGCAGAAGUGUGAAUUCUUCUCUGACACAAUCAUUUACAGUGGGUAUGUGAAUGACCGUCAUUACUAUGCAAAGCUUGAGCUGUUCAGUGACAUCAUUGCAAAGGAAUGUUCAUGGAAAAUGAAGUGUAAUGAGCCUGUGAUGAAGCUGAUAAAGAAAGAAAAACGGGACUGGAAAACACUCCUCAAACAAAAGAGUGCAUUUGUCAGCUAUGAAUUUGAGUACAUUGAUGAGGCUGUAGUUUCUACAGUAAAUGGGCAAUUGUUCUUGGCCCAGGCAGGAGAGGAAGGCUGUUACGUCAGCUCAGAGAGUGACAGUGACUGAAUGGGACGGAUGCCAAAUACUGUUGUACAACCAUACACUUAUUGAGCACAUAUAGCUUUAUAUCAGUUCUGGUUAAAAUACAUCCAUACAGUUGCUAUUUUACUGGAUAGUGACCAAUGAUAAUAAUAAGGAUAAGAGAGUAACAAUUGAAAGAUUUCUUUUCAAAGUACUGUAACAGUUGGAAGCAUCACUACUCCCACACCUAUCUCCUUUGAAUGGCUUUCAGUAGAAAUAAGUUUCUUAACACUGUGUCUACACUGAGAUGUCGACUGAAGUGAUCUUGUUUUGUCACGUUGUGAAAACAGUCUGUGUGUGUGUUAAUUUGUUCCUUCUUUGGCACAUUAGAUUUGUUAAAGGAAUUGUUCAAUAGUGGUAAUUUACACGCCCUGACGUUAUUCCGAAACUGUAUGACUUUCUUCUGUUGAGCUUGGAGAAAUUUGAAAAUGUUGAUGCUGCACUUUUUCCCACUCAAUGAAAGUGAGUGUUGACUUGAGGCUGUUGGUACCUAACAUUCUGCCAAACAUCUUUUGUGUUCAGCAGAAGAAAGUAAGGCAUAUGGGUUGGAACAACAUGAGAGUGAGUAAAUAAUGACAGAAUUUUCAUUUUGGGUGAACUAUACAUUAAUUAGAAGUUUCUUGAGUUCAUUGAUUUCAGAAACUGUUACUGCACACUUACACUAGCUUCAAAAACAAAAAAAUGGCACCAAGCAUAUUUUUUCUUUCAUGAUUAAUGCCAUUAAAUGAAUGUUGGGAGCUCUAAUUAAACCAGCUGUCAGCACACCUGAAUUCAUAAAAUAAUUGUUAGGCAGAGAGUGUUUCUGAUUGGCUGAAAAAGCAGGCUAUUAUGGAGAUCCUUAUUUGUUUUCUCGCAAUACUGCAGUUUUACUACAGUAACCAUAUUUUAACUAUGGUAAACGUUUUUUUUUUUUUUUUUUUUUUU